UCCCUUCGGCAAUAUAGAGGGGUCCUAAGAGUAGUUGUGCUUACAAAGCAAGCUGCAAAAUGUCGGGAGAGGUGUAUCUCCUGUGGCUUCUCUCGCUAUUUCAGACGCUGUCGGCGUACGGUGCCGACCUGACGUCUGAGGCGUGCAGGGAGCUGGGCUUCUCCAGCAACCUGCUGUGCAGCUCCUGUGACCUGCUCGGGGAGUUCAGCCUCGCCAAGCUCCAGCCUGACUGCCGGCACUGCUGCCAGCAGGAGGCCCAGAUGGAAGGGCGCAAGCUCUACGCUGGAGCCAUCCUCGAGGUGUGUGGAUGAAAAUUGGGGAGGUUCCCUCAAGUCCAAGCUUUUGUCAGGAGCGAUAAGCCGAAGAUGUUCAAGGGUCUUCAGAUCAAGUACGUCAGAGGUUCAGAUCCUGUACUAAAGCUUUUGGACGAUAACGGGAACAUCGCUGAAGAACUCAGCAUCCUCAAGUGGAACACAGACAGCGUGGAGGAGUUCCUGAGUGAGAAGUUAGAUCGAAUAUAGACACCAGUACAGAUUUUCUUUCUUUUUUUUUUUUGUUUUGUUUGGAAAGACUUGAGUUAAAGGGUCAGCUCCCCCAAAGAAACCUACUUCUAGUUUAAUCUAGUGAUGCAGAUAGUUUCUCUGUUAAUUGUCAAAGCUUCAAUGUCAAAAGCUUCCAAAUCCACGAGUUAGCUACUUAAAAUUAACCACCGAACACUAUGACUAACCCUCCACAGUGAAUUACACAUGAGGCAGAAACGUCCAUAGAUUUUUUUCUACAAACUAAGUGAAAACUAUCUGCAUAGCUAAAGAUUUACUAGAAGCAAGUGAGCAAUUUUUUUUUUUUUUUUUUGAGUGAUCAUGACCAUUUAGUUAUUUACCAGUUUGUAUACAACUCGGCCUUGAUAAAUUGUUGAGGAAUCACUGCUCUAUAUGACUGUUUUUGUAUCUGAAAUUUAUGAAUUUCUUGUCAGGAUUUUACCAAAUAGCUUACGCGAGAGUUUGAAAUUCCAUAAUCUCGGAGCCUAAAGGGGCAGCACACCUACUAUUAACCUAAAAUUAAUGACUCGCAGUGGAUUCCUUAGGUUUGGAAAAGAAAACAUGCACAUUAUGUGACCUGUUUUGUUGUCUAUCUGUGGGAGCGUCCGUUCCUCCCGCCUGUCCGUCUGAUAUUCUUGUAUAAUUAUUUUUUUAUAACGCUCAUUGUUGUAACUGAUGUAACGUUGGGAUUUGUAGUAAGAGAGAAUGGAUCCUAGUUCCUCCCCAGAUGCAGUCGUGUUUGCCCGGGCACACGUUGGUGAAGACCUCGCAGUAAACCAGGUUUGGGAUGCGAGGUCGGAUGUGAAUUUGUGUGUUUCUGCGUCUUCUGCUCUGGAGAGAAACUGGAUUUGUUUGGAAAGCAAGCUGUUUUUGGCAAGUGAAUUGACGGUUUAAAUAUGCAACAAUAAACAAAGUCUCUGGUAA